AUGGCAUCUUGUGCAAUUUGUGACAAGCCAGCCCUUUUCCGAUGUGCAAGGUGCAAAGUGGAGAGGUAUUGCAGUCGAGAAUGUCAAAGGGAUCACUGGCCUCAUCACAAGACUCGCUGUGUGCAGCUUGCUGCCGCGGCCAAGGCUGCAGCCGUGGACCGACCGGCUGCUGGGGACCCCGCGGAGUCUGCCACCCAGCACCGACAGCCUCAGCCACCACCAUCACCACCACCACCACGACCACUCCCACCCCAGCCCCCCUCUCAAUUUGCAUCUCCAAAUCAAUCUGGGUCCUUCCGCAACAAUCCACGCACCGCGCGGUUGCUGGGAGAGCUCCUCCCAAGCCUGCAGCCGGAGGCUGCCGAGGCCGCAACCCAGCCUGCCGCAAUUCCGGCGGGCCCCAUUACCGCUCCCAACCAAAGCUUCCUCAGCAGCGGCAGCGGCAACGCAGCUAAUGCUGCAUCCGCUGGCGGCAGAGGCGGUGUCGAGGACGCCCCAGCCCAUGGCAGCGGUGUCGGGGCCUCAGUACCGCAGCCCCUGCCAUCCCCACCCGUUAGUCUACGACCGCAGCCUCAGGCCCGGUCGCCGUUGGGCCCCAGUACCCCACUUCCCAUGCAGCCCGCACCGCCACCGGGCAGCCCACACGCACCUUCAGGCCGCGCCUCCUCCAUGCGCGUCGUCAGGUCGCACCUGCGUGAGGUAGGGGUGACGGCUGCCGGCGGCCUGCAGGUUGACGGCAGCGGAAUCUUAGGCAGCGGCAGCAUCUUGGAUCAUGCCACGCCGCCGGUGCCGCCGGUGCCGCCGGUGCCGCCGACACCGGGUCGUACCGCCGACGGCGGCGGAGCCGCCGUCGGCAGCCUCCCUGCAGAGCUCAGCGCCGCUGGAUCCUAUCAGCAUCAUCAUCAUCAGGACUACCAUAACCAGCAACUCGGUUCCUCAGUGGCAGCGGAGCUGACUCCGGCGCAGCAGCAGCAGCAGCAGCAGCAAUGGCCCUGGGCGCCAAGCGCCGCCACGUCUGCAGCCGACACACUAGCAGGCGCUGACAGUGCUUCCGCAGGGGCAGGAGCCGCGGCCCGGAUUAGCUGUCUGUCCGACCUGCCGCCCGAGGUCUUGUUGGAGGUGCUCAAGGCGCUGCCCGCACGCAGCUUGGCGGCAGCGGCGGCCGUGUGCCGCAGCUGGCGCCGCGCCGCAAGGGAGCCGUGGCUUUGGGUACGGCAGCUGUGUGCGGCAGGGUACGCCCUGCCGGCGGCAGCAUACGUGGCGCGACAACAACAGGUCACGUCGCCGAAGGCGGCGACGGCAGCGGCGGCUGUGGAUGGGGGCGAUGUGGCAGCAGGGGUCGGGGUCGGGAGUGGGGGUCCAGGAGCACGUGCGGUGGCAGGUGUUCGCGGCAUUCGCGCGGUACGGGCGGUACAUGCGGCCGGCGGCUCCAGCCACGAGGACUUCCUAGGCGGCCUGCGAGCGGGUUUCCUGGACCGGCUUCAACAGAACCACCACCACCACCACCAUCAGCAAAGCCAGCCGCAGCAGCAGCAACGCCAGCACCCGAAGGACCAUGGACAUGCGGGGCAGCAGCAACGGCCGGACGCGCCGCCGCCGGACCUCAAGGACCUGUACGGCCGAACAGUACGGAUGGAAUCCAACUGGCGGUCCGCACGUUACGCGGAGAUGGCGCUGCGGGAGCACAGCAGCAAUGUGGAGUGUCUGGCCUUCCAGCAUGUGGAGCCGUGGGGCUCUGUGCUGCUGAGCGCUGCGUGGGAUGGCAGCGUGCGCGUGUUCUCGCUGGGGUCGGCUAAUGGCGCGCCGCAGCAGGCGCGGUGUGUGCGGCGGUAUCGGGGUCACACGGGUUGGAUUACUUGCAUGGCGGCGGGGCAGCACCACGUGGUGACAGCGUCCACGGACCGACGGGUGGCGGCCUGGCGCUACUACUCCGAGUCCAGCGACCCGUGGGUCGUGUUGGAGCAUCCCCAGGAGGUGACGCUGGUGCGCUUCUGCUACGCGCCGCCGCCGCUGCCCACCACGCGCUACCUCGCGCAUCACAUUUGCCAAGACGACUGCGGGGAAACCGCCGCCGCCGCAACAACCGGAGCUGCCGGCGGCGGCGGCGGCAGUGGCAGCGGCGGCAGUGGCGGGAUGGGGCUCUACGGCGAUGGCGUUGGUGGGACGCCUAAUGCAGCCGCGGGGGCCGCGGCGCAUGCCGCAACCGGGGCGACAGCAACCGCGGCGGCGGCGGUUGCUGGCGACGGCAUGCACGGCGGCUCGGGUUGUGGUACGACGCAGGAUUGCUCGGCGGAUGUACUGGCGCUGAAGCUGCCGUACGACCCGCAAUGGGAGGAUUGGGUAGUCACAGGUUGCAUCGACGGUGCCAUACGGCUGUGGCAUCUCCCCACCAAGCAGCCGCUGCGCACCUUCUCUGGCCACGGUGACGUCGUAUGGGGCAUUGCCGUACUGUACGGCAGCAGUGUGAUGGUGUCGUCUAGCCGCGACUGCACUACCAAGCUGUGGCAGCUGCCGCCGUACAGCGCAAUGCAGGCGGCGGUGCAAGCGCCAUCGCCGCCAGGCGCCGCUGCCUCCGGUGUCGGGGGAGCGGCCGUCAGGGGACGGGGCGACGGCAGCCGCGAGCAUGCUGCCGGUGGCGACAGAGGCGGCGGCGGUUCGGGCGGUUCCCAAACUCUUGAAUCCCUAGCGACAUUCUGCGGUCAUACUUCAGCCAUUCUGUGCAUGGACGUACACCAGGCGCCGCCCGGGGUGGUGACGGCACCAGCGGCGGCGCCAGGGGCCCCCCCGGUGACGGCUGCCGCUGCCGCUGCUGGCGGGGAUGCUUAUCGCAUCAUCGGUGAUGCCGCCGCCGGCGUCGGUGGAAGAGCCCGUCGGGACGGUGGAAUAGGGGUGUACGAUGAUAUCGUUACGGUACUGUCGCACCUGCUCAACACGGGCCUUAUGGACGCGCCAUCUGGAUUGCAAGCGGCCUCUUGUGGCGGCGGAGGCCGCACCGGCGAGGAGGACCCGGCGGCAUUGGCGGCAGCUCCCAGGACGGCCGCCGCCAGCGCCGCCCUCCCUGUAUGGCUCGUGGCCACUGGAGGCGCCGACGCCGUCGUACGGGUCUGGAACCUCGCAACGGCGCAAUGCCACACGACCCUACGUGGCCAUUCCGUCGGCGUCCUUUCCGUACAGUUUGGCUACCUGCCGCGCCGCGACGAAUCGCACCGGGACCAGAUGCUUCUGCCGCCAGAUCUCGAUGUGGCCUCAGGGCCGCGGCCGCUGUCGCUAGCCCUGCCGCCGGGACAGUAUGGCAGCUGCCGCGCCCGGCCACAGCGGCUGCCGCCGUCGCAGCGGCUGGUGCUCGUGACGGGCUCCGUACGGGAGGUACGGGUGUGGGACCCUGUGGCGGGUACGGCGCUGGCGCAGUUAUCCGAUCACAGCGGUCCUGUAACGUCACUGGCCCUCGUACACGGCAUGUUGGCGACCCUGGCCAUGAACGACGGGCUUAUCGUGUACACAUGCAAGGGCUUGGACGGAUCAAUGGAGAUCAGCGGGGGGAGCGACGCUGACAGCGGCGGCAGAGGCGGCGGCAGCUCCGCGGCGACGGCUGCAUCGCUAGCCCGGCCCGGUAGCGCCGUGGGCCGGUUGCGGCGGGUGGUGUCCGCGCACCGCAGACUACUUGAGCCCGUCAUCUGCAUGCAGCUCGAAGGCCUAGCGGUGGGCAGCGGCACCGGCGACAUCACCUACCUGGACUUCCGUCCCCGCGCCUCCCCCCUGCCCCUGCUACACCCGCGCCGGCGCCAGGUCUAG